CACAUGGCCACAAUUCCACUGAUGCUGUCUAUUUAGUUAUCACGAGUAAAUUAUUAACCGAGCUACUGCAAAGCUUGCUUGCUUCAAUCUUGACUUUAAUUUGUCCAUUUUCAGUCCAGUUCAUUUCAAGUCGAUGUGAGCAGUCCAUCGCGACAGCUUCUCAGUAUGGCAUCUCUGCGUUCAGCAAAGCAAGCUUUGAGAAAAGAAAUCAAGAAGCUAUUGGCUGCAAUGAGUGAUCAUGAGAAACUUCGGCAGUCUCAAGUCGUCUCACGAAAGUUGUUCCAGCACCCUAAAUACCUGUCCAGCCAGCGUAUCGCUGUCUUCCUCAACAUGCACGAUGAGGUGAACACAGAGGACAUCCUCCAGGACAUCUUCAAGAGGGGAAAAGUGUGCUUCAUCCCCAGAUACUUCACCAACAGCAGUCAUAUGGACAUGCUACGACUAAACGACCCAGAGGACAUCAACACCCUGUCUGUCACGUCUUGGAACAUCCGUCAGCCAGGGGAGGAGGACACCGAGAGAGAGGAAGCCUUGACUACAGGUGGGCUAGAUCUUAUUCUAAUGCCUGGAUUGGGAUUUGAUAAGAAUGGCAAUCGACUUGGACGUGGAAAGGGCUUCUAUGACACAUAUCUGGAAUGCUGUAGGAGGCACCCGAAGGGAAAGCCGUACACCAUCGCUUUGGCUUUCAAAGAGCAGCUGUGUACUCAAGUCCCAGUGGACGACCAUGAUAUCCUUAUUGAUGAAGUCCUCUAUGAAGAAGAGGAAUGAUCUGUGCAAUUCACAUUUAAUUUGAAAAAUGUUGAGCGGAAUUUGUAUAUGAACAAUUCAUAAGACAUUGUUUCUGUGAGUCCUGUUUCUACAUAUAUACAAUGAAAUGGAUCAAAUUUCUCUUUAACCUUGACUUGUAUGCAAUCAGUAUUGUGAAAUUAUAGUUACUUUGUUUCAGAAAAGCCUAGAAAAGAUUGUAAUUAUCAGCGUAAGGUUUACCAAACUGUGACUACAAAAGGCUAAAUAUGAGUCUCUGUCCUAACCUUAAAAUAUUUACCAAUACAUGAGCUUUUUCUUGAUUUGCUUUGUAUCAUUUUCUUUAAAUGGUUUCUUAGUAUCAUUGCUAAUUUGUUUCUCUCUCCACUAAUCGAUCUUGCUGCAUUAGCUCACCUUACCAAGCUUACUUUCAGAGCAAGACUAUAAAAUCCUCAGUCUGAAGUUGUCUGAAGUUCUGAAUCUGAUAGACCAAUACGUAUUAAUUGGGCCAAUAUUUGGCCAUUUUGAGAUUAUCAGCAUGAUAAUUUUGCCCACCCAGCCAACAGUUAAAGUUAGUAAUUUCACCAAAGAUGCUGAUUACCACCCCUGGAAUCACGAGUUCGAAUCAAGGGUAUGCUGAGUGACUCCAGCCAGGCUUCCUAAGCAACUAAUUGGCCGGGUUGCUAGGCUGGGUAGUCACGUAGGCUUCCUCACUGUCACAAUAUGGUGCUUCUCGCUCUCGUUGUGGUACAUGUGCGUGGAUGCUAAGGUGAAGAGCGUGAAGGCACUUCCACACUAGGGAAAGCUCAGAUGGAGCGUUUGAUGCUUGGGAAUGCAUUAGGUCCAUUUGAAAGGGGUGUACCAAAGGGAGUAGAGGUAGUUAUAGAUA